CAUUGUCAAUGACGACUUAUUCUGAUCAUAAUUUGAUUAGAUUCGCAUUCGCGAGCCCACCAUCUACAUUACUUUUAGUCUGAAAAUUCAAUAGCACUACUCAGCACACUUCGAAUUUUUAGAGAAGAAUUUAGAAGCGUUUUAUCCGCAAAAAUUACUUUCCUGAUUCGUUUACUGGCAACCAAAAUCAGAAACUAAACAUUUUUCGAAGACAAAUGAGCGGUCAACUGAAUUCGAGUGAAUCCGUUUUGAAUGAAAUUAAUGACAUGCAAUAAAUUUUCUGAUUCAAUUUUCUUUAUGAAAAUGCAGCUCCAUUUCGAAAAGUGGAUACAGCUACCUAUUUUGUUCCUUUUUUUUGGCAAAACUAGAAUAUUGUUAUGUUAAAAGUGCCAUUUUUCAUAUGAGCAGACUCACUGCUUAAGCCAUCUAUUGAUAGAUAGCGAGAACUUUGUUAAGUUCGAAUCUUCUCAUAACACUUGAUAAUUCGAUAAAAAUUGUAAACUUGAAAGUCUAGGAGUGAAAUUGGCUAACCAAUAGUUAGAAACAAAAAGGAUGUUUGUCUAAUAUUUCCUUUCCACUUUUAGCAGAGAUCGACGAGUGUAAUACUGGGAAAAUCAAGUGCAGACCGGAUCAGGUAUGCGAACAUGAACGAGGAAGAUACGUGUGCCACUGUCCACCGGGGCAUAUGAUCGGUCGAGACCGUCGAUGUGAGGAUAUUGAUGAGUGCGAUCUGAACACGGGCACGCUAUGCCCACAAAACUCAGACUGUAUCAAUACGGUCGGAUCGUAUCAGUGCAGUUGUAAGGUUGGUUUCUGGAGCAUCCGGUCGGAAAAACUGAUCUGCUCAAAAGUUGACGAAUGCUCCGGCUUAUGCCAACAGCGAUGCAUUACCUUUUGGGGUUCUUACCGAUGUGGCUGUAAAAUAGGAUACAAACUUGCUGCUGAUAACCGAACCUGCGAUGAUAUCAACGUGUGCGAGGAAUACAAGGCGCAUUUUAUUUGCGACGGACACUGCGAAAACACUCCCGGAUCGUAUAGAUGUCGAUGCCCACAAGGCUACACACUAGGACAUGAUGAACGCAGUUGCGUAGAUAUAAACGAGUGCGGCACUGGAGAUGCUUGCAGUGAUCGAAAUGAGAUUUGUACUAAUAUUCCUGGCAGCUAUCGAUGUACACAAAUAAACUGCCCAGGUGGAUAUGUGAUCAGUCCUAAAAGGAAAAAUGAAUGCUUAAAGAUCAAGAUCGAAUCCUGCGACAAAGGCGAUUUGGAAUGUCUACAAACGCCAUCUUCCUACUCGUACUAUUUUCUAGCAAUGGUUUCGAGCAUGCCGGUACCACCUACAGAUGAGGAGUUGUCCACUAUUCAAUACGAAUGGUCCGGGUUAACGGAGUUCGAGCUGAAAGUAUUAUCGGUAAAUGCACUGCCCUCUGUUCGCUUAGCGGAUGACAAUAUUUCAGCUUGAAUAAAACGUCCCAGGGUAAAGCGCUGUUGAUACUAGUCAAGAGUAUAGAAGGACCACAGGGCAUUGAGUUGGAGAUAAAAAUAGUAUUCUAUGAGAAUAAACAACGCGUCGAUUUCAAGAUCGGCAGACUAUUUCUCAUGGUGUCCGCGCAUGAGUUCAAGUGCCUAAUAAUACAGUUCUACUAUUAUAAUUUAUUCUAUUAUUACCCUAUAUUAUA